CCUUGUUUUUCAGAUCUUUGGCAUGUAUUUGCAUGCUUAUGCAAUACUCCUGUUUUAUGCAGAUGCAGCACUGGAUUAAAUGCCCCAGUGAAAGAGAAAAUGCAGUGGAGAGCAUCUCUGUAUAGAAGUAAAGAGCCACUGAAAGCAGAUACGCAUGGCCCUUACAAUUUCCUACGCAAACAUUCAAAGGAGCCUAAACUGCCCAAAAAGAAACCAUUUCGAUAUCCUGAUCACUACAUGAGGAAACCACCACUGCCCUCCCUAAUGGAUAUCCCAAUAAUGGGAAUCCAGAACAACAGAGACUACAUCACCCUCAAUGCAGUGGAGGUCAUUAAGGGUGCUCCUCAAAAGAGCAUGCCAUACUAUACAACAAAAAAGUUUUAUGAUGAUUCAGGAUGUCCCAUAUUUAUUUACAAAGAAGACUAUGGGAAGUUACCUGAGUAUAUAGUGAGACGCAGAGAAAAACAAAAGGAAUAUGAGACAUACCUCGCGGAGAAGGCUCGACGAGAAGUACCCAAGCCUCUUCCAGAAUCAGAAAGGCAAAAAAUUAUUCAAGGAUUAAAGAACAACUGGAAUGCGCUGAAUCGUCAGUACCUGUGUCUACCUAUGGUCACUGAUACAGUCUCCAAGAGGGUGCGCUGGGAAACACUAGAAAAAGAGAUGGACGAGUUGGAUAAGCAAAUUAAGAGAGUGGAAAAACAGAAAUUUAUCUUCAUUAAGAAAUAAUUGCCAUUUGCCACUAU